AGUGACGUCCGACGGAUGCGAAAAGUUCGGCGCAGGCGCAGUCGUCGUUUGGAGUUGGAUCGUGCGCCGUCCUUCUGAACAGCAAAAAAUGCCGGAGUUAGCGGUAGAAAAUGUGGUCGUUCACCCGUUGGUUUUACUCAGCGUGGUCGACCAUUUUAACAGAAUAGGGAAAGUUGGCAACCAGAAGAGAGUGGUUGGAGUCCUCUUGGGGUCGUGGCAUAAGAAAGUUCUCGAUGUGUCAAAUAGCUUCGCAGUACCUUUCGAUGAGGACGACAGAGAUGAUUCGGUGUGGUUCCUGGACCACGACUACUUGGAGAACAUGUAUGGCAUGUUCAAGAAAGUCAAUGCCAGAGAAAGAAUCGUUGGAUGGUACCACACAGGGCCGAAGUUGCAUAAGAACGACAUUGCCAUCAACGAGCUGAUCAAGCAGUACUGUACCAAUUCAGUGUUAGUUAUUAUUGAUGUAAAGCCUAAAGAUCUUGGUCUUCCUACAGAAGCAUACAUCUCUGUAGAGGAAAUACAUGAUGAUGGAACACCAACUUCUAAGACCUUUGAACACGUCACCAGUGAGAUUGGUGCAGAGGAGGCAGAAGAAGUGGGAGUUGAGCACUUACUCAGAGACAUUAAGGACACCACAGUGGGCACACUUUCGCAGCGCAUCACGAACCAGGUCCACGGUUUGAAGGGGCUCAACUCCAAGCUGCUGGACAUUCGCUCGUACCUGGAAAGGGUGGUGGCGGGGAAACUUCCCAUCAACCACCAGAUCAUCUACCAGCUGCAGGACGUCUUCAACCUGCUGCCAGACGUCAAUCUCCUGGAGUUCACCAAAGCCUUCUACCUUAAGACCAACGACCAAAUGCUGGUGGUCUACUUGGCCUCACUCAUACGCUCCGUGGUGGCUCUGCACAACCUGAUCAACAACAAGAUAUCCAACCGGGACGCAGAGAAGAAAGAAGGCCAGGAAAAGGAGGAAGGCAAGAAGGAGAAGAAGGACGACAAGGAGAAAAAAGACGAGAAGGAUAAGGAGAAGGACAAAACGGACGCCGGCGCCAAGAAAGACGAGAAAAAGAAAAAAUGAGUUUCUUUGUCGUAGGUCAACCGUCACCUCAAUUUGUCUUGGUGUGGAUUGUGCUGCAGCCUCCGAAUGUGGGUCUGGGCUAUAAGUAGGAGUCUAUAUGAGGAAGCUGUCAGCUGACACACAAGCAGCACUGUACAAAGACUUGUUGGCUUCUUUCUUCUGACGACAUCUGAGAACAUCGCUUUUCACAGUUGCCAUACUUUUGAUGCUGUGCUGCAGCUCUUUUGUAAGAUGCUUUAUCAUUUAUUAAAUUGGAACCAUAUUGCAGUUGGUGAUUGUUUUUUUUAAGAUAUCACUCUUCUAUGGCUGUUUUUUUUUUCCCUGAAAUGUAAAUGUUAAAGGACAAGUAAAUAGUGUGAACUUUAUAAAUCAACCCCCAUUCUUUCCUUUGUGA